CCUGUCAUAGAGACCAAACCAGCAGCUUCCUCUGAGUCCAGGAGAGAAAAGAGGAAACCUCCAACCCUGAAGCUUCACUCAGAGACUAAAUGGCUUCCAGAUCAGAGGAGGAUCUCUGCUGUCCGGUCUGUCAGGACGUCUUUCAGGAUCCGGUUCUUCUGUCAUGUAGCCACAGCUUCUGUAAGGAGUGUCUGAAGAACUGGUGGAGAGAGAAAGCAGCACAAGAGUGUCCAGUUUGUAGGAAAAUCUCUUUAACGGCUAAUCCACCCUGUAACCUGGCUCUGAAGAACCUGUGUGAGACCUUCCUACAGCAGAGAGACCAGAGAGCUUCAGAGGAUCUCUGCAGUCUGCACUCUGAGAAACUCAAACUCUUCUGUCUGGACCAUCAGCAGCCAGUGUGUCUCGUCUGCAGAGAUUCAAAAAAACACACCAAGCACAGAUUCAGACCCAUCGAUGAAGCUGCUCAGCAACACAAGAAGAACCUUCAGGAAACUCUGGAACCUUUAAAGAAGAACCUGGAGCUCAGGAAGAAAGUUCUAGAGGAGUUUGAUCAGACAGCAGAACACAUGAAGGUCCAGGCCCGACACACAGAGAGGCUGAUUAAGGAGCAGUUUAAGAAGCUUCAUCAGUUUCUAGCAGAGGAAGAGGAGGCCAGGCUGGCUGCACUGAGGGAGGAAGAGGAGCAGAAGAGUGGGAUGAUGAAGGAGAAGAUGGAGGCUCUGAGCAGAGAGAUAGCAGCUCUUUCAGACACAGUCAGAGCCACAGAGGAGGAGCUGAGAGCUGAAGACGUCUCAUUCCUGCACAACUACAAGGCUGCAGUGGAAAGAGUCCAGCGCUGCCCCCUGCUGGAGGAUCCACAGCUGCCCUCAGGAGCUCUGAUAGACCAGGCCAAACAUCUGGGCAACCUGGCCUUCAACAUCUGGAGCAACAUGGAGAACAUGGUCUCCUACACUCCUCUCAUCCUGGACCCAAACACUGCUGGUUCAGAACUCAUCCUGUCUGAAGAUCUGAUCAGUUUUACUUUAGGAGAGGAACAGCAGCUUCCUGAUAAUCCAGAGAGGUUUGGGUCAGGAUAUUCUGUCCUGAGUUCUGAGGGCUUCAACUCAGGGAACCACAGCUGGGAUGUUGAUGUUGGAGACAGUAAAUUCUGGGCGCUUGGUGUGAUAGAAGAGUCUGUCCAGAGGAAGAGAGACAUAGAGUCUGGACUGAUGGUUAUAGGGUUGUUAAAAGGUAAAUACUAUGCAGUGUCUCCUACAGCUCCUCUCAUGUUUCUCUCAGUUCAGAAGAAGCUCCAGAGGAUCAGAGUGAAUCUGGACUGGGACAGAGGAAAGCUGUCCUUCUCUGAUCUGGACACUAACAUACACACCUUCACACACACCUUCACUGACAAGAUGUUUCCAUACUUCUACACUCUGGAUAAAGUAAAAAUCCUACCGAUGAAGAUCUCAGUGAGCAAACAGCAGCUCUGAUGUUCUCAGCAUGAAGAACACAAAGUCCAGAUGAAACCUUGAUGAUCUGAUUGAAACUCAGUGAUUUUAAACAGGAACCUGGAGGAACCACAAAGUACUCAAACUGCCCCAAAUCCACUGAAAUAUAACUUCAUUCAGUUUUAUUUAACCCAAAGAGCAUCAAACCUGUAGUUUUAUUCAUGAGUUUGAGCUUUUCUGGAGUAAAUAUGUACAAAGAAAUAGAAUCACAUUUAGCUUCCUACAGUAAUGCAACACUUCUCAAAAUGAUGGGGGAAAAAAACUCAAUCUGGUGUAAACGGUGAUUAUUCUUCUACUUUUCUCAUAUAUAGACGUGAUUGCGUAGGAGUCUGUGCCCCGAAACAAGAACCGAGUAUCACCAGUGCCGUUCCUGAACUCUACUACUGACUGACAGGUCAGGUAGUUAACAUCCCAGACCCGUGUCAUCCAGCCCCCGGGGACGACCUCAUCCAUGCAGUUCAGAGACAUUAAAGUCCCCUAAACUGUAGCUCUCACUAAACUAUAAUCAGAUCAAUGCAGCAGCCAGAGAGCGCCUCAGGGAGGUUUACAGGUUUAGUUCAGGAACAACUCAGCAGAUUUAAUUUCAAAUGAAGAACAGGAAGAA